AGGAUGCGUAGCCGUAGCAAUUCGGGGGUUCGCCUCGACUAUUACCAGCGGAUUGUACAUCGGCUCAUCAUGCGUCACCAGCAACCAGUGACCGGGUUGUUUCCUGCCAGUCCCCAAACCCAGCACGCGUGGAUACGCGACAACGUCUACUGCAUACUGGCGGUGUGGGGACUGUCCAUGGCGUACAAGAAGAUAGCGGACCAGGACGAGGACCGCGCGAAAGCGUACGAGCUGGAGCAGUGCUGCGUGAAGCUAAUGCGUGGCCUGCUGAUGGCCAUGAUGAACCAGAAGGAAAAGGUCGAACGGUUCAAAACGUCGCAAAACCCGCUCGAUUCGCUGCACGCGAAAUAUUCCAGCCGCAAUGGACAAAUCGUUGUGGGUGACAGCGAAUGGGGUCAUCUGCAGAUUGAUGCCAUUUCACUGUACCUGCUGAUACUGGCGCAGAUGACAGCGUCCGGAUUGCAGAUUGUCUUUUCACUUGACGAAGUUGCGUUCAUUCAGAAUCUGGUGUUUUACAUCGAGUCGGCCUAUUGCAUACCGGACUACGGUAUCUGGGAGCGGGGUGACAAAUCGAACCAUGGUCAGCCGGAGCUAAACGCUAGCUCGAUCGGUAUGGCAAAGGCGGCACUGGAAGCGAUGAACGAGCUGGAUCUGUUCGGUGCACGUGGUGGGUCCGGUUCCGUCAUACACGUGCUCGCGGACGAAGCGCACAAAUGUCAGGCGGUACUGCAAUCGAUGCUGCCCCGUGAAUCGAACAGUAAGGAGUUGGAUGCGGGACUGCUGUCCGUCGUAGGCUUUCCGGCGUUUGCGUGUGACGAUCCGCAGCUGAUCGAAACUACGCAGGACGCGAUCAUAACGCGUCUGCAGGGUCGGUACGGCUGCAAACGAUUUCUGCGCGAUGGUUACAAAACGCCCAAGGAGGAUAACACGCGCCUGUACUACGAGCGGUGGGAGUUGCGGAUGUUCGAGAAGAUUGAGUGCGAGUGGCCACUGUUCUUUUGCUAUCUGAUACUGAACAAAGCGUUCCAGAGCGAUAAGCAGGCUGUGGCAGAGUACUCGCAAAAGUUGGAAGACAUUCUCGUCAAGACGGAGGAAGGCAUGAAGCUGAUACCGGAGCUGUACGCGGUGCCGGAGGAGGCGGUCGCGGCCGAAUAUCAAAUCCCGGGCAGCCAGCAGCGUGUCGUCGUCGGACGAUGUCCAUUUCUGUGGGGACAAUCGCUGUACAUACUGGGCAAGCUGCUGCAGGAGGGUUUUCUGGCCGUCGGUGAGCUGGAUCCACUAAAUCGGCGACUCGGUGCACAGAAGAAACCGGACGUGGUGGUGCAGGUCGUUAUACUGGCGGAGGAUAACGAUAUACGGGAUAAGCUGGCCGAGCACGGUAUACAGGUGCAGACGAUCGCGGAUGUCGCUCCGAUCGAGGUACAGCCGGCCCGUGUACUUAGCCAUCUGUACACGUACCUGGGGCGCAACAAAAAGCUCGGCCUGUCCGGUCGUAAGUCGCGCGACGUUGGUAUACUCAGCACGAGCAAGCUAUACUCGCUGAAGGAUCGCAUCUUUGCGUUUACACCACAGUUCUCCGAUGUAAACCGAUUCUAUAUCGCUUCCGACAACGAGCUCAUGAUCGAUCUGCUAAAGGGUGAGAUUAACUUCCUGAAGUCAGCAUGGCAGAAUCUACUCGGCCGUCCGUUACUUACGCUGGUGCUGAAAACUGUACAUCUAGAUAACAACAAAGUCCCACUGGCAAUGAUCCAGACGAUGAAGAAGCUAAAAUCUGGCUACAUCAGCGGUACCCGUGUGAUACUCGGCAAUUUGGGUGACUUUAUCAAUACGUCGGCAAUUACGGACCUCAGCUUUCUCGGCAGCCAGGAGGAUGGUUAUCCGGAUAAGCUGAAUCCUGCCGUACAAGCAUACCUCGAUGAGCAUCUGUUACGCUCAUUCAGCCACCGGGCCUCGACCACCUCGAUCCGUUCGUCCGGACUUCGGCCGAAAAAUUUGCGUCGCCGCAUGUCCGUGAAGGGUGCAAUCAAGAAGACGCGUUCUAUCAACGUAGACUCGGAAACACUCGGCAUGGAGGGUAAUGUGACGGAGCGUCGCCUGUCGCACGUUACACCGCAAUGGUUGGAACCGAAUCAAACCACCGUCGGUGUGACGACAACCAGUGCCACCGGUGGUACUGCUGCCACUGGUGGUUCGCCAACAUCGCGCGAUCCGUCACCGAACACCCAAGGGCAGCCCCGCUACGGUGAGCGCGUAUCGCUCGACGACGACAACAAAAAGCUGCACAUUCAAACGUCUGCAACUGCGGCCAUGCCAAAGAUACAUAUUCAGCCGCUACCGAGACAUCGGCCCACGACGGAGACGAACUUUGAAAAUACCGAGGUGGAGGAGCUGAUUGCUAUGCUCCGGGAGACGGAGAAUCUCGAAGAGCAGGGUGACAUAUUACAGCAUCUUGUCGAUACGCAGGGACUUGAUUUUAACACCGAGUUAACUGCUGGUGUUAAUGAAGAUUCCCCUUCCCAAGGCAUGCUGGAGGAGGGCAGGGUUGUGACGGUGCGCGGUCUGCUGAAGGGUCUGUACGAGAAAGCUUGCCAGCAGAAGAUGUGGGGCCUGGUCCGUCACACUGCCGGCAUGCUCGGCAAGCGCGUCGAGGAUCUGGCAAAGGCCGUUACCGAUCUACUGGUGCGCCAGAAACAGGUGACUGUCGGUAUGCCACCGAACAGUGAGCACACGAUAACGGCACCAUUGCCCGAGAUUGAGCUACGGUCGGUGAUUCACGAAGCGUACGGCGAUGAUGAAAGUACCGCCAUGUUGUCCCAGGAGCUGCUUGUCUAUCUUGCUAUGUUUAUCCGUACCGAGCCGCAACUUUUCCACGAAAUGCUGCGACUCCGCGUCGGUCUCAUCAUCCAGGUGAUGGCGAAGGAGCUGUCCCGCACGCUAAACUGUGACGGCGAGCAAGCGUCCGAACAUCUGCUCAAUCUGUCCCCGUUCGAGAUGAAGAAUCUGCUGCACCACAUCCUGAGCGGCAAAGAGUUUGCGAUUAACAGCGUCGCGCGCGGCAACAUCUCCAUCGUUAGCUGCAAAUCGAGCCGCGUCAGCAAGAAGAGCCAGAUCGGUAUCGGCGAGCCGGACACUGCGGAAGGCUCGCUGAUCGAUGAUCGGCAGGGACAAUGGUUGCGGCGCCGGCGGCUCGACGGUGCCCUCAAUCGUGUUCCGCGCGAUUUCUAUCCGCGCGUCUGGACUGUACUGGAACGGUGCAGCGGGCUAGCGAUCGAAGGUCGCGUACUGCCCCAAAGUCUCACACAAGAGAUGACACCGAACGAGCUGAAGUUUGCGCUCGAGGUAGAGACGGCCCUCAACACGAUCCCGCAGCCCGAGUACCGGCAGCUGGUGGUGGAAGCGCUGAUGGUGCUGACGCUCGUCACCGAACACAACAUACUGGCGUCGAUCGGUACGAUCAUCUACGUGGAGCAUCUGGUGCACCGGGCGAACCAGCUGUUUCUCGAGGAUCAGCGCAAAAGCCACGGCGAUGCGAUGCUGUGCUGUGCGAAAAAUAAGGACAUACGCGAAACGACCACAGCCGGGCUGCUACUGUGCGGUGGAGCCGCCUAUAUCUGUCAGCAUCUGUACGACAGUGCACCGAGCGGUAGCUACGGCACGAUGACCUACAUGGCCCGGGCAGUCGCGUCGGUGCUCGAACUUCCGAAGCACGGCGAUAUGGACUGCACCAUCUCCUAG